AUGCCGGAGCUGUCUUCGAAGGGUGCGACCAUCUCUAAAAAAGGUUUCAAAAAAGCCGCAACUAAAACUCAGAAGAAAGAAGGAAAAAAGCGCAGAAGAGGCCGGAAAGAGAGCUAUUCGAUCUAUAUUUACAAGGUGCUUAAGCAAGUUCAUCCAGAUACCGGUAUUUCUUCCAAGGCCAUGAGCAUCAUGAAUUCGUUUGUCACUGACAUCUUUGAGCGCAUCGCAGGUGAAGCAUCGCGUUUGGCACACUACAGCAAGCGUUCCACUAUCACUUCCAGAGAGAUCCAAACGGCUGUGCGUCUCUUGCUGCCGGGAGAGUUGGCCAAGCAUGCAGUGUCUGAGGGCACCAAAGCUGUCACCAAGUAUACUAGCUCCAAGUAA